UUCCAUUUGCCGUCAAUUUUGACAGCAGAAGUAUGCUUUUGCCUUUGAGUUUGAAUGCGAUUAGUAUCAAAACCAGUGUUUUAUUAGUCGGCAGGGUCGCAAAAGAAUUAUUGUAUCAAGGUUCGCAUAACAAGAACAUAAUGGGUAGCUCAUUCUCAAGAUCAUAUUCUCCAAACUGCAGCAGUAAGGGAGUCCCGGAAAGAGGAAGUGGGACCAUCUCUCGCAUGGAAUCAAGUAGCCACUACGUCGAAUCAGUUGUAUGCAACGAGAAUGACCUCAAAGAAAAUGAAAUGAAAGUUUUUGAAAUUGGAGAAGAGGGAAGAGUGCUGCUUGUAAAACAAAAGGGUGAAUUUAGCGCCGUUGGUACCAAAUGCACCCACUACGGAGCACCUUUGGUGUCCGGUGCGUUGGGAGAUGGUAGAGUGAGGUGUCCCUGGCAUGGAGCGUGCUUCAACAUCAAGACUGGUGACAUCGAAGACUUCCCUGGCUUUGAUUCCCUCCCGUGUUACCAAGUAACAGUCACGGAAAAAGGCGAAGUAAAGGUGCGGGCAAAGAUAAGCGAUUUGAAGUCUAACAAGCGUAUCAAAGACAUGGGCGUAGCCCCAACCUGCGACGGGGCAGUCGUAGUCAUCGUCGGCGGAGGCCCCUCGGGCGCCACCUGCGCCGAGACGCUCCGCAGUGAGGGCUUCCAGGGCCGCAUUACCCUCGUGGCCAAGGAACCAUAUCUGCCGUACGACAGAAUUAAAGUAUCCAAAAUAGGCAGUGUACCCAGCAUCGAGUCACUCCAAGCAAGAUCACAAGAAUACUAUCAAAACGCCAACAUCGAAAUCUUAAAGAAUACGGAAGCCACUAAAGUGGAGCCACAAGACCGACUGGUGCACUUGAGCGACGGAACCAAACUUCGAUACAGCGCUUUGUAUCUUGCUACUGGCUCCGCGCCCCGGAAGCCUGAUAUACCUGGCAUUAAUCUACAAAACGUUUUCACGGUUAGGAACUUUGCUGAUGCAUCCAACAUUCUGAAUUCGUUAGGGUCGAACAAAGACAAAGAUGUAGUCGUUCUCGGUCUGAGUUUCAUCGGCUUGGAAGCGGCGUCUUCUUGCAACGAAAAGGCCAAGUCCAUGACUGUAGUCGGAAAAGAUUUUGCUCCUUUAGGACAAAUUUUCGGCAAAGAAAUUGGCGAGGGGUUGAAAAAGCUCUUUGAAGAUAAAGGUGUAAAGUUCCAUUUUGGAACUACAGUCGCCAAAUGUAACGGUGAGAACGGAGCUAUAACAUCAGUGGAACUCGAUAAUGGAACAACUCUGCCAGCUGAUUUACUCAUUUUGGGCGUGGGAACUACAUUCUACACAGACUUCCUGAAAGAUAGUGGUAUCACCCUUUUACCCAAUGGUGCGGUUAAUGUUAACGACAAGCUGGAAACAAACAUGAAAAAUAUUUUCGCUGGCGGAGAUAUAGCUUAUGCACCCGUAUUCGCACGUGGCAAUAAGCAAAUGAGUAUCGGCCACGUGGGCUUGGCGCAGUACCACGGGCGUGUGGCUGCGUUGAACAUAUUGAAGAAGGAAACUCCGCUGAAGACUGUUCCAUAUUUCUGGACCAUGCUUUUCGGAAAAUCAAUCCGCUAUGCUGGUUGUGGAAAAGCAGCUAGCACUUUGGUAGAUGGAGAUAUGGAAGCUCUUAAGUUUGUAAUUUUCUUCUUUGAUGAGACAGACAAGGUUAUUGCCGUGGCGUCUUGUAUGAGAGACCCGGUCGUCUCGCAGUUUGCCGAGUUGCUGUAUCAGGGUAAAAGUCUUUAUAAAAAAGAUCUUAAAGACGACCUCUUUGGUUGGUCCAAAAAUAUUAAUGGUUAAAUGGAAACAACUCAUUGUCUCGAAUAACAGAAAAGAUCAAAUAUAUUUAUGAUCUGAUUAGUGUUUAUAAUAAUAACACAAAUAUUUAUAGGCAAUAUUGUGUUAAUGAAAAUUAUAUAAAGUGAACUACAUAAUAAGAUAUUGUAUUGAUAUUAUAUUUUGUAUAUUUAUAUUGUACUUACAACAACAAUUUCACUUUUAACGUGCACAACGUGCACCUUUAACUUCAAGAUCUUUAUUAACAAUUAAGUUUUUUUGUGACGCAACUCUGCUACUGAGUUACAAUGCUUGGGUACUGAAAUUCAGUCUAGCCCUUGAUUGUAUCGUUGCUCAGGGCACUUAUAAUUUUCGCACUGCUUGAUAUAUAUAUACGGUGUUUAUAAGCCAACCAGACUGGUGUUAAUCCAGACUGUACUUAAUUCAUGGUUAAUAAUUUGAUAUUAAAACGAUAUUAUAAUGUAUAUUUUGUCUACAAUGUUUAUCUAAAUUAUUAUUUUAAUAAAAAUAAGAAAGUUACUAUUUUUGCCAUAUAAGAAUAAUAAUAAAUAAUAAUGUGCCUCUAUUUUAUCAAGUGAAUAAUAUCUAAAACAAGAUCUAGGAGCUUUCGUCUUUUUUUCUGUUUUAAUCAUAUUGUUUUUUGAAUUUUUUAGAUUUAAUUGGCGAUAUUGUUACAUAAUUAAUUAUUAGCAUCACAGAGAAUUUAAUAUUUUAAUAUUGUUAACAAAAUCGUCCCCUGGAGAGACUUGGAAUUUAACACCCUGUAUUUUUUAUUAUGUGUGGUAUAUUCUUGCACAAAAAUUAGUAAGUAGGUAAUGGAAGAAAAAACUAUUUAGAAAAAAUGCAACCCUAUUUUUAGUGUAACUAAUGCAUUAUUGAGUAUUCCAGUCACAAUACAGCUGUGAUGUCAUUUGUAACAGUAUUUUAUAAUGAUUUUAUUACUAUUUGCAUGUAAUAAUACAUUUAUUACAGUACAAUUUAAAGUAUUAUAAUAGCGUUAGUAAUUAUAUUAUUGUUGGAGAACUGAAGAAUAAUGGCUAUUUAAGAAAAUGUUUACUUACACCAUGGAACUGACCAAAAACAUUAAACGUCAUUAAGAGUUUGGAUCUUUUGAAAAUAAUAUUUUGAUGAUAUUUUUGUACUCACUCAAUAAUCCAGUGAUUUAAAAAAGCAUUUAUGAAACCUCAAAGCAGUCCUGACAUUUUUAUUUUUGGCUCAGUUCAAGUUCUCAGUAAUUUUCUUAGUAUUUGUGCAUAUUUUAUUGACUUGUGUCUUAAGCAGAAUAUUGUAUGAGAGAAUGUUAUGUUGCAAAGCAUACAAUUUUGAUUU